AUGGCGCCCAUGGCGCGGUCCCUCAGCCGGCUGAGGAGCGUGGACUUCUAUAAGAAGAUCCCCAGUGAUCUGACAGAGGCGACGCUGACGGGCGCGUGGCUGUCUGUCACUGCGUCCAUAAUUAUGAGCCUGCUGCUCGUGCUGGUGAGUGGCCCGGCCGGGCACGCGGGCCCUGCAUUUUCCUGUUUGUGGCGAGGAGAAGGCGCAGCGAGCAUGAAGAUGGGCCCGAGGGCGGCGCGGCCCAUGGCGGCGGCGCUGGGGCGCCCCGGGUCGGGGCGGCCGACGGAAAACGGCCGAGCGGGGCUGGCCGGCGGGCGGCUGGCCGGGGGCCGGGCGCUGCUCCGUCCCAAGGCACAGGCCGCCACUGCUGCUGGGAGGCAGGAGGGCGUGGUGUGGGCUGACGCGGCGCCGCUUGCGGCAUCGCUCCGGCGCGCAGCAACAGUGGAACGGGCGGGGGGGCGCGAGCUGUCGGCGUUCCUGCAGGUGGAGACCGUAUCUGAGAUGGUGGUGGACCGCAGCACCAGCAACGAGCUGCUCAAGGUCACCUUCAACAUCAG